AUGUCUCUUAAAGUCGGUUACAUCCCAGAACAUUUCGCCAGUCCCUUAUUUUUCGCUGAACAAAAGGGUCUGUUCGCGAAACAAAAUGUGAAGAUUCAAUUAAUCCCAUAUCCUAGCGGAUCUGGCCAUUUGAUCCAAUCGCUGAACAGCGGUGAUCUAGACAUUGCAAUCGGUCUCACAGAGUCGUUUGUGCGCGGAAUCGCCGACACAGCCAAGGACACGAAGCCCAAAUACCAGAUCGCGGGCACAUUUGUGAAAUCCGCUUUGGAAUGGGCCGUUUCGACCGGUGCCAAGCGUGAAGAGCUCACAGACUUGAAAUCUCUAGAGGGCAAAAAAAUUGGUGUCUCAAGACUAGGAAGCGGUUCCCACGUCAUGAGCUACGUGAUGGCCCAACAGAUGGACUUGGAAAAGCCGUUUGCUGAUUUCCCCGUGCUCAACACCUUCGAAAACUUGCGCAAAGCUGUGAACUCGGGCGAAGCAGACGCAUUUCUGUGGGAAUACUACACAUCCAAGAAAUUUUUGGAUUCGGGUGAGAUUAAAAUGUUGGGUCACGUCUCGUCGCCGUGGCCAUCGUGGGUUGUUGUGAAGCGUGUCGAAACCGAGUCGGACACUUAUAAGGGUUUCAUCAAGGCCCUAAACGAAGGUAUCGACUAUUUCAACCACCACAAGGAAGAGGCCAUUGAAUUGGUGCAAAGAGAAUUUGGAUACUCUAAAGAAGACGCCGAAGGAUGGUUCCAAACCGUAAAAUACCACAACGACACAGGAGACAUCAAUGAUUUGCAUGGUGUGGUCACCGGCACACUACACAUUUUGGCCAACGCUGGCGUUUUGGAAAAUAAAGACGAACUGGUUAUUGAAGACAACUUGCGGGAUGGAACUUUGACCUCUUCGUGA